CUCUUUCCCCCAUUCCCUACUCCCUUUCUCCUUUGUUUAGCAUCUAGAGAGAGUGACAGAGGAAGAAGGAUAGCUACUCCCCACCUUCCUACUUGAUAUGAAUAUCCUUCUACCUCUUCCCACUCCUUUGCAAGUUUUCAUGUAUUCCUUUAUUUGCUCAUAUUUCCUUGGUGGGAACUUACUUCUCCUGCAUAUCUGUAGUCACUGGAAUUGAGUAGAAUGUUGGGCUCACUGCCAGGGAAAGUGUGGAGUCCAGGCUCUCCUCCACUACUUAGUUAUGUGACUCUGGGCAAAUCCCUCCUCUGGAAUGGGAAUUACUACACCCUCCUCCCAAGGCUGUUGUGGGGAAUAAAGAACCAGUUAGUACCCUGUAAGGUAAUGUAGAAUUGUGAAAUAGUGGAGACUUCUUGGUCUAGGCAGGGACAGCUUUGAGGAUACUGAGAACCCAGAAAGUAGGAAAUGCCUAAAAUUUGUCCACUUUCUCACAUCUCAUCACUGGGGUCUGACCCUCCUACCUUUCGCUUUCACUCAUAAGGACAUUUGUGAUUACACGGGGCCCACGGGUAAUCCCUCUAUCUCAAGAUCAGCUGAUAAACAACUUCAAUUCCAUCUGCAAACUUCAUUGCACCUUGCCAUGUAACAUCACAUACUCCCAGAUCCCAGAGAUUAGGAUGUGGACCUCUUUCGGGACCAUUAUUACACCUACCUCAGGGGAAGACAGGACCCUCUGAUCCACCUCAAUUCCUGCAUGCUCUCCCUGAACCUCCAAAGCUAAAUUAGGUGACCCUGCUUAGUGCUCCCAAGUGGUUACAUCAAUCACAUUUUCCCCAGUGUUGUGCUUGCUUAUUUGUAAUUUUGAGGACAGAGACUUCCCUUUUUUGCUCUCUAUUGUCUGUCACUUAACCAGAAUGUAAGCACCACAUGGGCAGGAGUCUUUGUUGGUUUUAUUCUAGAUAAAAAAUAAUAAUAGUAAAGCUGUUAGCCUUUAGUAGUAAAGUAUAUAUAUGUUGAGUGAAUGAAUUGUAUAGCCAUCAUCUUGCAUGGUCUCUAGCACAGAAUAAGUGCUUCAUGCUGCUGCUACUCUAGUAAUACUGCUAAUAAUAUGUAUUGAGCCCUCACAAUAUGCCAGGCACUGUGCAAAAGGCCUUACAUGCAUUAUCUUAUCUGAUCCACCCAACUCAUGAGAGAGGAACUGUUUCUUCUCUAUCCUAUACAGAAGGAAACUGAAGUUUAGGGAAGUUUAAUUAAUUUGCCCGAUGUCAAAUGGCCUAAGAGGGAGUUGAACUUGUACUUAAAAUCAUAACCUUGUGCAUCAGGCUAAAUGGGAUAAGUUAGACAGAGAAAGACAAAUACUGUAGAUCUUACUUCUAUGUGGAAUCUAAAAAAAGCCAAACUCAUAGAAACAGAGAAUAUAACGUGGUUGAUAGUGGUUGGGGAGGUGGAUGAAAUGAGAUGUUGGUCAAAGGAUGCAAACUCCCAGCUGUAAAAAGAAUAAGUUUGGGAGAUCCAAUGUACAGAACGGUGAGUGUAGUUAACGAUCCUAUAUUAUAUACUUGAAAAGAGGGUAUAUCUUAAAUAUCCUCACCACAUGCACACAGAAACACAAAGAUAACUAAGUGAAGUGAUAGAAGUGUUAACUGACCCUAUUGUGGUAAUCAUUUUGCAACAUAUGCAUGUAUCGAAUCACCCCAUUGUACGCCCUAAAUGUACACAAUGUUAUAUGUUAAUUAUAUCUCAUUAAAGCUGGAAACAAUUUUUUUAAAAUAUCAUAUCCCUCUAACACACAGGAUCCUUCCACUUCUAGUUUUGGGAGGCAUUGCAUGCACUCUGACUUUAGGGCACGCAUUCUGGUACUCGAAGUGGAAUUUGGGGGAAGGAGUAUCAACCUCAGCUUUGAUAUAUAGAAGGUAUUCCCUGUUUACAACAACCCAAAGUUCAAAUAGACAAGGAGGGUACAUCCCUCUCUUAGAGAAUGAGGGUCAUCUGUUUAGAAUGAGUGAAGUCCCCAUAAUAACUCUAGAUACAUUUGCCAGAGAAACAGGAAUUCUUUUAUAGAGGAACAAUUUGGGCUCUCUGAGGGCCACCAAGCCAAGCCUUCAGUAAUUACAGUAGAUACUGUCCUAGAGAAAGGGCCUAGUAUGUGAUAGCAUUAGUAAUGCCUUCACAGCCUUCUGUCUUGAUUCACUACCUGGGGUGUCAGGAUCUCAUCAGAAUACUAAGGGAUUUAGCAAGGGUUGUAAUCUGUGGUACUACAGAUUUGGUGCUUAUCUUAAGCUAACCCUCUGGACCAUAUCAGACUGGCCUAUCUAAAUAGUGUUCACCCAAUGUAUCUAAGAGGAAAUUGUGAUCUUUACUGACAGGUUAUAUAAGCAUAGAAUUUCCUUGGAAAAGUUUGCUAGAGAUAGAGCAGCUGGAUACAAAGGAAAAGUCAACAGUAGUUUCAUUCAUUCAUUCAUUUAACAAGUGCACCUGUGCCAGGCUCUGGGUUAGAGGCUAACAAUCAUCCUGGAGAACAGGAACAGGGUGUCGGCAGGGCUACAUUAUGUCUUAACUGUAAGAGCUAGCACCAUGGAUGAGUACAUAACAGGCAAAGCAAUAAGACUGAUUACAGUAGCAAAUGCAAGGGGAAGUGAGGGAGUCCCAAGAUUGGGAGCUGGGUUAAGGUGAAACAGCACGAGCAAAAAAUCAAGAAGGCAGGCAAUGAGGGUAUCCUCAGAAGACAGUAGGCAGUGUGGCGAGGCUGUACUGGGUUGAGGAACAGGAUGGCAAGUCACAACUGGGCCUGGUACAAAAGACCUGAAGACCAGGCUGAAGCACUUGUAUUUUAUACCAUAGAACAUGAAGAUCCACUGAAACUUUGUUCUUUGAAAAUAGGUGUAAUUUAUAUACCAUAAAACUCACUCAUUUUAAAUGUAUAACUCAGUGAUGUCUAGCAAACUUACUGAGUUGUGUGAUCAUCAACCAUCAUCCCGUUUUAGAACAUCCUCAUCAUUCCAACCAGAUGCCUCAUGCGUUUGCUUUCUGUCUUUGUACGUUUACUUUUGCAGGACAUUUAAUAUAAACAGAAUCAUAUAAUAUGUGGUUUUUCAUGUUGGUUUCUUUCACUUAGCAUAGUGUUUUUAGAGUCCAUCCAUGCAUGCUACAGUGUUCAAUCAUAUGGAUAUACCACAUUUGAUUUAUCUAUUCACCAAUUGAUAUACAUUUGGGUAGUUUCUAUCUUUUGGCUAUUAUGAAUAAGACUGCUAUAAACAUUCUCAUGUGCAAGUCUUUGUUCUCUUGGAUAGGUACCCAGAGUGGACUUUUUGCCUAUUUGGUAAAUUUAUAGUUAACUUUGGGGGGAGGGUCUUACGUCAUUAUUUUUAAAUCUUUUUUUAAAAGCAGCUUUAUUGAGAAAUAAUUUGAGAAAUAAUAAUAUACCAAAAAAUUUCCCUCCUUUAAAUAUACAAUUCAAUGAAGCUGUAAAUCAAUAUAUUUACAAACUUGUACAAUCUAAUUUCUAUUUUGAAUAAUACUGCUAUGAACAUUCACAUACAAAUUUUUGUAUGGAUGUAUGUUUUCAUUUUCUUGGGUAGAGAUACAUAGGGGUGAACUUACUGGGUGAUGUAGUAAGUAUAUACUUAACAUUUUAGGAAGUUGCAAAACUAUUUUCCAUAGUGUCUUCAAUAUUUAGUUUCCCAUUGGAGGGUUCCAGUUUCUCCCUAUUCUCACCAACACUUGUUAUUGUGACUUUUUGACUAUGGCCAUUCUAGUGGGUAUGAAGUAAUAUAUCAUUAUGGUUUUAUGUUGUAUUUCCUUAUGACCAAUAAUGGUGACCAUAUUUAGAGGUGCUUAUUAUAAGCUCUUCAUAGAUCUACUUUGGUGAAAUGUCUAUUCAAAUCUUUUGCCCACUUUUGAAUUGGGUUGUUUGUUUUAUUAUUGUGUUGUAAGAGUUCUUGACAUGUUCUGGAUAUAGUAUCAUAUUUAUGAAUUUUAAUUGUUUUCUCCCAGCCUGUGGCUCAUCUUUUCAUUUUCCCAAUGAUAUCUGUUGAAAGAUGUUUGAGGGGAAAGGAGACAAGACAGAGGUGUGCUUCAGAAAGAAUCUGGCAGCAGUAUGUGGGAUUGAUUGAAACAGACAGAAUUCUAACUAAUACAUCUCAAAUUGUAAUGUAGGGAAUAAGCACAGGCCAAGUUUCUCAAAAUUCUCUGGGAACCAAAGGGUUAUAAGCAACUAUUUAUUGAAGCCUGUUUACAGUCCAGUUAAUCAGUAAGCCAGAAUCAGUGAAACUACCCAUUCUGGGGGAGUACAAAAACCUUUCAAAAGGUCUCCCCAGAUUAGAAACAGAGAUGGGGGAGGGGAGAUGAGUGGCUAUUCCAGAGCUACAUAAUUUCCAGCUUUGAACGGGACAAUUCUGAACUUUCUUGUCAGGAUCUGUCACACUGCUGUUUACUGGCAGGAAACCAGGAAGACCUGGUUCUUGGCUCUUAGAUUUUGACUAGUUGUUGGGAGAGGUGGAGCCCAUUUUAGUGGGUUUCUUUGAAAAAGCCUAGUAAGAUGUCAGGCCUGCUCUUGGUCUCCUUCCACCUCCUCCUUCUCUUCAAGUUGGUCACCCCAGUGACCUUUCGCCACCACCGUUAUGAUGACCUUGUGCGGACGCUGUACAAGGUGCACAACGAAUGCCCGUACAUCACGCGAGUUUACAGCAUCGGGCGCAGUGUGAAGGGGAGACACCUCUACGUGCUGGAAUUCAGCGACUACCCUGGCAUCCACGAACCCUUGGAACCGGAGGUCAAGUACGUGGGGAACAUGCACGGCAACGAGGUGCUGGGCCGUGAGUUGCUGCUACAGCUGGCAGAGUUCCUGUGCGAGGAGUUCCGGAAUGGGAACCAGCGCAUCGUGCGGCUGGUGGAGGGCACGCGCAUGCACAUCCUGCCAUCCAUGAACCCUGACGGCUACGAGGUGGCCGUGGCGCAGGGCGCAGACAGUUCUGGGUAUCUGGUUGGCAGGAACAAUGCAAACGGAGUGGACCUAAACCGCAACUUCCCGGAUCUUAACACCUACAUCUACUACAAUGAGAAACACGGAGGCCCUAACCACCACUUGCCUCUUCCAGACAACUGGAAAAGUCAGGUGGAACCUGAGACCCAGGCUGUGAUCCAUUGGAUCCGCUCCUUCAACUUUGUUCUUUCGGCCAAUCUCCAUGGAGGGGCAGUUGUGGCCAAUUACCCAUAUGACAAGUCCCUUGAGCAUCGGGUCCGAGGGUUCCGCCGCACUGCCAAUACCCCCACGCCUGACGACAAGCUUUUCCAGAAGCUGGCCAAGAUCUACUCCUAUGCACAUGGAUGGAUGCACCAAGGUUGGAACUGUGGGGAUUACUUCCCAGAUGGCAUCACCAAUGGGGCUUCCUGGUAUUCUCUCAGCAAGGGAAUGCAAGACUUUAACUAUCUCCAUACCAACUGUUUUGAGAUCACGCUGGAACUGAGUUGCAACAAGUUUCCUCGCCAAGAGGAAUUACAGCGUGAGUGGCUGGGUAAUCGAGAAGCCCUAAUCCAAUUCUUAGAACAGGUCCACCAGGGCAUCAAGGGAAUGGUGCUUGAUGAGAAUCAUAAUAACCUUGCAGAGGCUGUCAUUUCUGUUAGUGGGAUUAACCAUGACAUCACAUCAGGUGACCAUGGAGAUUACUUCCGGCUCCUGCUUCCAGGCACCUACACUGUCACUGCCACAGCACCUGGGUUUGAGCCGGAGACAGUGACUGUGACCGUGGGCCCUGGGGAACCAAAACUGGUUAACUUCCAUCUCAAGAGAAGCAUCCCUCAAGCAACCCCUACCAGGAGAGUUCCCAACUCAGGACAUGAAGGCAGAGUCUUACCAAAGAAAGUGCAGCCCCGGGUCAGCUAGAAAAGAAGAGAUGGAGAUGAAGCAGCCCCAGAGAGUCCCUACUUGAAAUCACCAGUGCUGGGGCCACACGUUAGAAAGGCUUGUUCCUGCUUUCCCAUCAGAUGAAGCUUUCUAUUUUGUUAUCUGGGACAUAUUUAAACAUAAAUAUAUUCAGAACAAUUCAGAAUGGUCUCUGUUUCCAGGGUUAGCCCUCUGUUGUGGCAGUGAAUCCAUUCAGCAGUAUUCAGUUAAGAUUUUCCUAUUCUGGGGUAAUGGUUUGGCUCCAGAAGUCUCCAAUGCCAGUGCACACCGCAUCUGGAGGCCAGUUCCGGCUGGUUGGCCACUCUACUUCCAGAGUCUAUCAUCAAGCCUGCAACAUAGCAGGCAUUCAAGGGAGAUUUCUGAAGGAAUGGCUGAAAGGCUGACAUGAUUCUUAAUUGAUGCUGUUCCCAUAGCAAGACAAAGUGACCAAGUCUUCUGAAAUCCCAGAGGGCUAUUUCAACAAUAAGCAAUAGUUUCUCAAUAAGAAAAGGAUUUCAUACACAAAUGCCUAGAUACUGCCACUUAUUUUCAUACAUGGGCAUUUUACACAACAUGGAGCUUUCAAAACAUUUUCUGGGUUUGUAAGUGUGAUGUAAAUGACUCUAUGGAAUGACUCUGUCCUGUCCCUGUGCCAGUGACACCCAGCAAUGUCCACCUUGCUGAGUUCCCCAGAACCCAUUUGUACUAAAAAUGUUACUGAGGAAGAAGAUGUUAGUAAAGAUUUUGAAGAGAUAUGUAAUCACAAGCACACAAGUUCAUAACCUGCCAUUGGGUAUGUUGGGGUUCCUGCCCUUGGGGCUUGGUGAGGGUUCUUUGCCAUGUACCCCGUUUCAGAGCCCUGCCUCGGUGAAACAGGGCAAGCUCCAGUUUCCUCCACUUGUUCCACAUCCCCUCACUCUGUCAACCUCCCCCACCCCGGCCUCUGACUGACUGAUUGUCUGACUAACAUUGAAUUAUUUUGCUCCUUUCAACAGAUAUUCCCACACUUAUCAGAAGACAAAAGGUGCCUUAGCUGUGACAAC